CAUGGAAGGUUGUGGAUAAAACAAAACAGCAACUCUCCCACACCCACACACACUCUUCUCCUCUCGAUCUUCUUCACUUGCUGUGUUCUAUAUCAGAAGAAUCGUAUUCUUCAAAUAAAAUUAAAAAAAAAGUCAUCUAUUUUCAUGGAAGCUAGAAGACUCGCGAUCCUCUGUUCUCAUCUCAACCCAGCUGGUCCUUACCCGCCCCGAGACUCGAUUCUCAGGGUUUCCGAUUGUAGCUCCAGCGAAGACAAGGCGGAAUCAUCCAAUCUCCAAAACGACUGCAUUUUCUGCAAGAUUGUCCGUGGCGAGUCUCCAUGUCUCAAGUUGUACGAGGAUGAUAUGUGUUUGUGUAUUUUGGACACGAGUCCACUUAUCCACGGGCACUCACUUAUCAUUCCAAAGUUACAUUAUCCAACUUUAGAGGAAACACCUCCCUCAGUAGUUGCUGCCAUGUGUUCUAAAGUGCCUCUUAUCAGUAACGCCAUCGUCAAAGCUACAGACAGUGAUUCAUUUAACUUGUUGGUUAACAACGGAGCAGCAGCUGGACAAGUCAUAUUUCACACACACAUUCACAUAAUCCCGCGUAAAGAACGUGACUGUUUAUGGACUUCUGAGAGCUUGCAUAGACACACACUGAAACUGGACAAGGAAGCAUCUGAAUUGGCGUCUCGUGUUCGAGAACAACUGUGUAGACUUCCUGAAGAACAAUUGGAUCAGCCCUCAUAAGCCCCCUUUUCAAGAGACAUGUUGUUGUGAACUUUACAAUUAGAAUGUGCCAACGCAAAAAAGUAUAUUCUGUAUAGUUCAUAUUCAGCAUCAUCUUCAUUUUAUAUAAUACGUUCUUCAGUC